AAAAAAGGAAAUAAAUGAUUUAGGCCAAAGAAAAAGAGGGGAAAAGAGUAGAAAACAAAAGGAAAACUUACAUUUGAAAAAGUCCAGCGUCACGCAUUCACCCUCACACACUUCAGUGUUCUCCAUCCCCAUUUCCCCGCCGGAAGUCGGAAGGCGCUGAUUAAUCAGACAUCUGGUUCACAAGGAUGGAUCGCCGGAGCUUCAUCUUGUUGAAUAGCUCGUCAUUGUUUACCGGAUACUGAUUUUUGAAAAUGCUUCGGAUUCACGCCGCUUGUUGUUCCUAUGGCCCUUUCAAGAUUAUUGGCAACAGCUAAUGUUAGGAGAGUUGCUGAUACUAUUUCCCUGAGCUCAAAGACUAAUACUUUGGAGGUAAAUCAUAGGCUGGUGCCAUCUCCUGGUGGACUUCCUUAUAUCCUGGGCCGGCUGUGUUUACACUGGAAGGUUUCGUGUAAAGGAUAUGUUUCGUAUACGUUAUGUGAAGCAAAGCAAACCUUGUCAGAAGCUGGAAGAAGUAAGAGAAUUAUUCGAUUUUCAACCAGUCAUGUAGUUUCAAAUCAUGCCCAUAUUGCCUGGAAAAGAUUUGCUCAAACUUGUUCGUUUACCACGGUUUUGCCUCCUGUAAGUAGGAUUGCAUGUGCUGUAAGCCUUGCCUUGACUCGAUCAAAGCUGGUAGCUCCUGGCAUAUUGGCUUUUGUGAUUAGAGAGCUAACAUGGAGAAAAACUCUGAUGGCAGAGGCAGAAGGCUUCCCAACCAGGGAUACUUUAUACAUGCACGCACAAAAUGGAAACAUUCAGCUGACCUCAUUUGUUUUUUUGCUACUUGAGGGUUUGAUAUUGUUUCUAAGAGCAAUAUAUUUAGCAGUUUUGUUCUGCCCUUGCAUAGCUAUGGCUCCUUUUGCUGAAUCCCUUGGCUCCGAGUAUAGGACAACAUGGUUGCAGACAGUUCGCGUUACUUUAGAGAAAGCUGGUCCAGCGUUUAUCAAAUGGGGUCAGUGGGCUGCAACAAGGCCAGAUUUAUUUCCUAGUGACUUGUGCAGUGAGCUGGCUAAACUCCACAUGAAAGCGCCAGCCCAUAGCUAUGCGUAUACAAAAACAACUAUUGAGAGUGCAUUUCGGCGCAAACUUCAUGAGAUUUUUGAAACCUUUGAAGAGGAGCCUGUAGCAUCGGGUAGCAUUGCUCAAAUACAUCGAGCUACCCUAAAGUUCCGUUAUCCUGGAAAACAAAUAAAGCCUAUUCUAGUGGCUGUAAAAGUCAGACAUCCUGGUGUUGGUGAGGCUAUUAGGAGAGAUUUUACUUUGAUAAAUAUAUUUGCUAAAAUUGCUGCUUUCUUCCCCACAUUGCAAUGGUUGAGACUUGAUGAAAGCAUUCAACAGUUCGCUGUGUUUAUGAUGUCUCAAGUCGAUCUUGCAAGGGAGGCUGCCAAUUUAAAUCGGUUCCUUUACAAUUUUCGUCGGUGGAAGGAUGUAUCCUUUCCAAAGCCACUGUAUCCGUUGGUGCAUCCUGCUGUCUUGGUUGAAACAUAUGAACAUGGUGAAAGUGUACAGUACUAUGUUGACAAGCUUGAUGGACACCAAGACGUCAAAAGUGGCUUAGCUCACCUCGGAACUCAUGCACUCUUGAAAAUGCUGUUGCUGGACAAUUUUCUCCAUGCAGACAUGCACCCGGGGAAUAUUUUAGUCAGAACAACUCGUGGCAAUGCUUCCGCUAAAGGUCUAUUCAAAUUAAGGCCACAUCUCAUUUUCAUCGAUGUAGGCAUGACUGCUGAACUAUCUGUGAAUGAUCGAGUCACCCUACUUGAGUUCUUUAAGGCUGUGGCCCUUCGAGAUGGCCGCACUGCUGCAGAAUGUACUCUUAAAUUGUCAAAACAUCAGAGCUGUCCGAACCCAGAGUCAUUCAUUCAGGAGGUGGAGAAUACCUUUAAUUUCUGGGAUACAGAAGAAGGCGGUUCCUUUCAUCCUGCGGAUUGCAUGCAACAAAUGCUUGAACAAGUCAGGCGACACAGAGUUAAUAUUGAUGGCAAUGUUUGCACAGUGAUGGUAACAAUGUUGGUGUUAGAGGGAUGGCAGCGUAAGCUUGAUCCCGAGUAUGAUGUGCUCCGAACAUUGCAAACCUUACUCUUCAAGGCGGACUGGGCGGAGUCUCUUGUGUACACCAUUGAAGGACUUAUGGCCCCAUGAAAGCUUCGGUUCCCCAGAGCACUUAUUGAAGUACUUGUUGAAGAAUUUAUCUGAAACGGAAUAGGUACACGAGUUUUAAAUGAAGAAAUAAAGAUGAGCAAAUCCUGAAAGCAUACUUCUGCUCUGAAAAUGCCGUAGUUUUUCCUUCUUUUUUUUUUUUUAGUUUAUAGAUAGUUUUUCCUUCUUCUGCUCUAAAUAGGAAUUGCUUCUUUCUUUUGUUUUCUUUCCUUUUCCCAACUUCACACAUUGUACCAUGUUAGCAUUGAACACGCGAAAAUGACACAACAAAUUUUGAAUAGAAAUAGGAAAGAUGAGAGAAAGAUCAUACAUUCAUGGAUAAAUCAUAGGUCAAUAUCUCUACGUCCAUCAUCUGUGAUUCUUAGACUCAAAUUGGAGAGUUAAUGUUAACUUUUACUAGAAAGCAUUGACCUCUUUAAAAGUAUGAGCAAUUUGCAAGAUCUGUAUAUUUUACCUAGUGGUUACGUAAGUUGCACCACUUACUGAGUAAUAUAUUGGUAUGCAC